AUGAACUACAACAACUACAAUACCACCAUUGUCAAAAUGUACAGAGUGCAGCUUGUAGGAUGGCCCCAGAGGGUCAAGUUCAUUAGUCCUUCAAAUAUUGGGAUGGUUGGGGACAUUUGCAAGCUUCGAGACGCACUCAAGGGUCAUACCUGCUAC